AUGUUCUCUAAUUCUCGCAUAUAUUUCCAUUUAAUUACAAAUUUAUCAAAAAGUACAAUAGUUAGAGCAGAUUUGGCUCAUUUAAAGAAUGGUUUUUCAUACAUUUUUUGUAGUAAUCUUACGACGGAGAAUAUUGCACAUUCCACCCAUGUUCCUGUAAGAAAACAAAAUGAUACUGAACAUUCAUCACUUUAUAUGAACCCGCUGUGUAUGCAAAUGGAUCAGCUGAUAUACACCUGCACUAAUCAUGACCAAGUGUUGAAUCUCUUAGUCACCCAUAGAGGGGCAAUGUAUCUGCAUAAUCUUAUUACAGUAAUGAAUACAUUAAGACAGUUUGUGGAGAUUGAACCUAAAAAUAAGUAUAAACCAGACUGUGAUGAAUUAUUUCUGGGAUAUAAUAAUGUGUUCCGAAAAAAAGAACUCGCAGAAAAGUCCAAUAUUGACCUGUCAAACUUUUCAGAAUCUGAAAAGGAAGUAAUAAAGAAAGCACAAUGGGAGAUAAUAAGACACUUUGAAGACCCAAAGAAUGAAGAAUAUCUAACAACGUAUCAUCAUAAUAGAGAUUUAAAGGACGCAAUAAUAAGAGAUGAAAGGUAUGAUUUGCUAUUGCAAGAUCUGUAUAUGAACAAGAACAAACUGGACAUGGAAUCAAUUUGCAAUGUUAUCAUAACACUUGAUGCAUUAGGACACCAAUACUACAGACUUUAUAACGGUUUACUCAAAAGACUUUUAGUUAUUGAUAUAUCAUUCCCAAAUAAAACUCCAGACUUUAUUAAUAAAGUCGGUCUUCUACUCCUGAAAACAUGCCAUUGCUUCGCCAAAAGCGGUUUCUAUGAAAUCCCACUAUACAACAAAGUGGUAAAUGAGUUGUUUAAGACCAAUUUAUUGAAUAUGCUAGUGGACCCGGAACAUAGUAGAUUACUGUCGUACAUAAUUAAGCUUUAUGCCAUUGUUAAAAGCUACGAUUGUGGUAUAUUUUAUGAAAUAUCUGAUUCCAUUAGCAAGGUUAAAUUGUCACCCUCAGAUACUACGUGGCUUUCAGUGGCCUUUUCAAACCAUUUAAACUUUAAUAAAACUCACGACCGAGUUCUUUACUAUGUGGCGAAAAGAGUAAGCGAAGAUCAUAAAUCAUUCAGUACUCAAGAGCUUUGUAUGUGCCUAUCGUCGCUGACAAAAAUGGGUCUGUAUUUUAGCGAAGUAUGGAAUGUUUGCGCAAAAAGACUAAUUAGCGAAAUUGAAGUAUCCAUGUCAGGUUUUAAUGAUAUUGACCUGGACAUUAAUACUCUAUGCAGGGCUCUGUAUGAUAUUGCAACAGUUGACAAAUCUACAAAUCUUAUACAUACCCUAAUAGAUAAGGCGUCUCUCUAUUUAGAGGAACGGAUUGACUCACUAUGCGAGGAGUCAUGCAUAAAUUUCGCAAUUUCAGUCAUUUCAACCCACUCGAAUUCUGUAAACAAAAAUGAUGAAAUAACUGCAUAUUUAAAUGAAACUAAUGAGGUGUACCCAACCUCACGGUACGGACAAAUUAACUUAAAUUAUUACCUCCUCUCGUACGUGUGGAGAAGAAUAGGCACAGACCUGUUCUGGGAAAAAGAACCCUUGAAAGUGUUUGCAAUUUGGCUCUUUCACAUGCUAGUGCUCCCGGAAUUUAAACAUAAUAUUCACAAACGGUGCAUUCUUCCAUGUUUCCGGGAGUGGCUUUUAGUGUAUUUUACGAGGAAUGAGAUCGAGGAUGAAGUAUGUAAAGUAAUAAAUGAUUUAUCUAGUAAAUAUAAAAUAUACUCAAAGUUCGAUGCCUCAGAGUUCUUUAAACCCCUCUUACAGUCACCGGUCCCAGCUGAUUUUAUAGUGGUGGAUGAAAACUUUGGGAAUAAAGUCAUAAAUAUUGUUGAAUCCCCAAUUAGAAAUGACCCCAAAAGACCUAGUGGAAUAAAUGUUGUGAUUAAGAGGAUUUUUGAGAAUUUUGGCCUGGAGUUUCAUACUGUAGAUUCCAAUUUAUGGCUGAGUCUUGAAGAACAGGAAAGAACAGAACUAAUAGAGUCGAUUAUCACAAAUGGAAGUUAA